AUGGCAAGCGUGAAGGAAACCGUCAAGGAGACCUUGGUCGGCAGCACAGAGGAGCCUCAUCUGUCGCACCAGGCCCGCUCCAAUUUCCUGCGCCAUGCGCGGAAGGACGACAAGGGCGAGCAUUUCAUGACCGAGGACGACUUUAUCAAUGCUGUCGCUCCUAAGCAAGAAGAUUAUCACAAAAUCAAGCGCGAGCAAUAUGGCAUCCUCUUUCGCGUGGCCGACCGACGGAGGACUGGCAAGCUGAGCCUGUCCGACUGGGCCACCUUCGAGAACCUCCUGGCCAAGCCCGAUGCCGAGUACGAGAUCGCCUUCCGUCUUUUCGACCUCGAGGGCAACGGCACGGUCAAGUUCGACACCGUGCAAGCAUUGUAUAACCAGAGCAAGACCCCCGACAGCAUCCCCUUCGACUGGAACUCCGAAUGGGCCUCGCUCUACACCGGCCGCAUCAAGUCCCGCCACGACAUGACCUACCCGCAAUUCUCCCAGAUGCUGCGCGGUCUGCAGGGCGAGAAGAUCCGCCAAGCCUUCCACAUCUUCGACAAGGACGGCGACGGUUAUAUCGAGCCCGAGGACUUCCAGCGCAUCAUCCUCGAGACGUCCAAGCACAAGCUCUCCGACCAUGUCCUGGAGAACCUGCCCUCCCUGUGCAACAUCUCCACCAGCAACAAGAUCUCCUACGCCAAUGUUCGCGCCUUCCAGAACAUCAUGCGCGAGAUGGAUAUCAUCGAUCUGAUCGUCCGCGAGGCCACCAAGAAGAGCAGAGACGGCAAGAUCACUCGUACCGAUUUCCUGAACGAGGCCGCGCGCGUCACCCGCUUCUCCCUUUUUACUCCCAUGGAGGCCGAUAUCCUCUUCCACUUCGCCGGUCUCGAUGCGCCUUCCGGUCGUCUCGCCCAGAAGGACUUCGCCAAGGUCAUUGAUGCCUCAUGGCGCAUUCCCGUCGCUGUCGCCGGUCAGAUUGCCGCUGGCGCGUCCGAGACCGCAGAGAAGGCCGGUUCGUUCCUGCACAGUGUUCUCGAGUCCGCGCACCACUUUGCUCUGGGUAGUAUCGCGGGUGCUUUUGGUGCGUUCAUGGUGUACCCCAUUGAUCUGGUCAAGACGCGCAUGCAGAACCAGCGGUCCACUCGUCCUGGUGAGAGACUGUACAACAACUCGAUCGACUGUGCCAAGAAGGUCAUUCGGAACGAGGGUUUUACCGGUUUGUACUCGGGUGUCAUCCCCCAGCUGAUUGGUGUUGCUCCCGAGAAGGCCAUCAAGCUCACGGUCAACGAUCUUGUCCGUGGUUGGUUCACCGACAAGGAAACGAAGCGGAUCCGAUAUCCUGCUGAGAUUCUGGCUGGUGGUGCCGCUGGUGGUUGUCAAGUUGUCUUCACCAACCCUCUGGAGAUUGUCAAGAUUCGCCUGCAGGUUCAGGGUGAGAUCGCCAAGAACGUCGAGGGUGCUCCUCGCCGCUCAGCUCUGUGGAUUGUGAAGAACCUGGGUCUGGUCGGUCUGUACAAGGGCGCCAGCGCUUGUCUGCUGCGAGAUGUCCCCUUCUCAGCAAUCUACUUCCCCACCUACGCCCACCUAAAGAGCGACCUUUUCGGCGAAACCCCCACCAACAAGCUCGGCGUCCUCCACCUCUUGACUGCUGGUGCCAUUGCCGGCAUGCCAGCCGCCUACCUGACCACCCCCUGUGACGUGAUCAAAACCCGUCUGCAAGUCGAAGCCCGCAAGGGCGAGACCAAGUACACCGGCCUCCGGCACUGCGCAACAACAGUGUGGAAGGAAGAAGGUCUGCAAGCCUUCUUCAAGGGCGGACCCGCCCGAAUCCUGCGCUCGUCCCCGCAAUUCGGCUUCACCCUCGCCGCAUACGAGGUCCUGCAGAAGAUGCUGCCCCUGCCGGGCACGCACGAGGAGACGCCCAGCGGACACGUUGAGCCGGGUAUUGGGCUGCAGGGCGCGAAGGCGCCGCUCCCGUACCUCCGUUCAAGGAAUGCGCUGAAGCUGAUUCUGGAUCUGGAUCAGAAUAUCGGUCGCGUGCAGGUUCCCAGUCCCGGGAACUGGCCCAAGUUCAUGCAGAAGCAGUGA